AUGCCUCGAAGUCUCCGUUUUGUUUCAGUUCAGAAAACAUUUUUACUUUCUCUAAUGGCACCCAAAGCAGAGAAAAAGCCAGCAGAAAAGAAGAAGGCUCAGAAAGCACCUGCACCAGCAGAGAAGAAACCAAGAGCUGAGAAGAAAUUACCACCAAUCAAAGAUGGUUCAUCAACAGUUGAUAAGAAGAAGAAGAAAUCAGUGGAAACUUAUGAGAUGUACAUCCUCAAAGUUCUAAAACAAGUUCAUCCUGAUCUUGGUAUUUCAAGUGAAGCUAUGGGUAUUAUGAACAGUUUUACUGAUGAUAUCUUUGAAAUACUUGCUCGAGAAUCAUCGAAAUUAGCUGGGUACAAUAUGAGGCGAACUCUUACUAAUCGAGAGAUUCAGACUGCUGUUCGUCUUCUGUUUCCUGGUGAAUUAGCUAAGAAUGCUGUUUCUCAAGGUACUAAAGCUGUUACCAAAUCUACCACUCCUUAA